AUGGAGACUAUCUCAGACUACGACUACCAACAAUGCGAGAACACAGACGAUGAUCUGAAUGCUCUUCUCGGAGCUACAGAGCGUAUCAAAUUUCACGAUAUUGCUCUGCUGGAGACGAAGUGCAGAAAGAACGACGUGCGACAGAUGAAUGACGGUACGCUCUUCAUUCGUGGAGGAAAGGUUCCAUCGCGAAUUGUAGGCUGUGUUGGUUUUGUUGUGCACCCAUCUGUCGAUUCUCACGAGAUUCCUGUCACUUCGUCUGGCCAUUCUUCGACUCCGUUCUCUGCACCAAAAGCCCAACAGCAUCAUCAACUGCUACUCACCAACAUCAGCAGCUGA